AUGACCUGGGUCAUGCUUCACAUCGGAUUAAUUACGUCGUCACGUGACCUGAGCUAUAUCACGUCAACUAGAAUAUGCAAUCACAUGACCUGGGUCAUGCUUCACAUUGGCUUAAUUACGUCGUCACGUGACCUGAGCUAUAUCACGUCAACUAGAAUGUGCAAUCACAUGACCUGUAUCAUGCCUCACAUUGGCUUAAUUACGUCGUCACGUGACCUGAGCUAUAUCACGUCAACUAGAAUGUGCAAUCACAUGACCCGGUUCAUGCCUCACAUUGGCUUAAUUACGUCGUCACGUGGCCUGAGCUAUAUCACGUCAACUAGAAUGUGCAAUCACAUGACCUGUAUCAUGCCUCACAUUGGCUUAAUUACGUCGUCACGUGACCUGAGCUAUAUCACGUCAACUAGAAUGUGCAAUCACAUGACCCGGUUCAUGCCUCACAUUGGCUUAAUUACGUCGUCACGUGGCCUGAGCUAUAUCACGUCAAGUAGAAUGUGCAAUCACAUGACCUGGGUCAUGCUUCACAUUGGCUUAAUUACGUCGUCACGUGGCCUGAGCUAUAUCACGUCAACUAGAAUGUGCAAUCACAUGACCCGGUUCAUGCCUCACAUUGGCUUAAUUACGUCGUCACGUGGCCUGAGCUAUAUCACGUCAAGUAGAAUGUGCAAUCACAUGACCUGGGUCAUGCUUCACAUUGGCUUAAUUACGUCGUCACGUGGCCUGAGCUAUAUCACGUCAACUAGAAUGUGCAAUCACAUGACCCGGUUCAUGCCUCACAUUGGCUUAAUUACGUCGUCACGUGGCCUGAGCUAUAUCACGUCAACUAGAAUGUGCAAUCACAUGACCUGGGUCAUGCUUCACAUUGGCUUAAUUACGUCGUCACGUGGCCUGAGCUAUAUCACGUCAACUAGAAUGUGCAAUCACAUGACCCGGUUCAUGCCUCACAUUGGCUUAAUUACGUCGUCACGUGGCCUGAGCUAUAUCACGUCAAGUAGAAUGUGCAAUCACAUGACCUGGGUCAUGCUUCACAUUGGCUUAAUUACGUCGUCACGUGGCCUGAGCUAUAUCACGUCAAGUAGAAUGUGCAAUCACAUGUCACGUGACCUUAGCCAUUUAGUCACGUGACUUAUGUUUACCUAGCUUUACGCCGUCUUGUUUUCUUAGUUAGGAGAACUAGGAAAUGCCAUCAUGUGACCUAGGAAAUUUCAUCACAUGACCUAGGAUAUACUAUAAUGUGACCUAGGAUAUGCUAUCACAUGACCUAAGAUAUGCCAUCAUGUGACCUAGGAUAUGCCAUCACAUGACCUAGGAUAUGCUAUCACAUGAACUAAGAUUUGCCAUCACGUGACCUAAAAUAUGACAUCACAUGACCUAGGAUAUGCUAUCACUUGACCUAGGAUAUGCUAUCACGUGACCUAGGAUAUGCUAUCACGUGACCUAGGAUAUGCUAUCACGUGACCUAGGUUAUGCCAUCACAUGACCUAGGUUAUGCCAUCACAUGACCUAGGAUAUGCCAUCACAUGACCUAGGUUAUGCCAUCACAUGACCAUGCCAUUAUGAGAUCUAGCACAUGUGGAAAAUAUGUUCAUAGCACAACUAUUUAUCAUGCGUAUUCUUUUUAUUGACUUUUAUUUGAAUUAAAAUAUAUCCGCAAGUAUAUCCGUGGUUUGUUUGCCUUCCCUCUUUUUGUAUACUAGCCCGUAGAAAUUAAGGUUUCUAUUUCGAAUCAACGAUAUUUGUAGAAUAAACUGUAGCUCUUUUUUUUGUUAAUUACUUUUCACCAUAAAUAUUAAAAGAGAAGAUAUUGCAA